AGUUGACAGAACUCCUCCCGUGUUCCAGUUGUUCUUCGACAGCAGGACGAUGCGUUUAAACUGACUUCAACUGAUACAAGCAGGAAUACAAAGGAGGGAGACCUGUUAAGGCUUUCAGAAUAGACAGGCCUUUGUUGCAUUGAGGAAAAGAUUGCAUUCAACAUGUCUGACAUUAUGAUCAACAUUUGCUCUUCUGAUGACACCUCUCAGUGGACUCAUCCAACAGGAAAGGAGAAGAGGCCAUUUCAUGAAAAGAUGCAAUACUUAAAGGCAAAUGGCUACCUUAAAGAUAAACAAAAUAAUACAUAUAAGAAACACUCAAACAAGGAUCAAUAUCCACACGAGAAAGGAGCAAAAACACAACCUGGACCACCUCCCACUGCCACACAAAACAGAAUUUUACCUUAUUUGCCCAACACUUCUAGUGCCUUUCACAGUAGCUCCAGGCCUUCAAUGUCCUCUGUUAACCUACCAUCAACGGCUUUCACUGUGAUAAACAAAGGCAGCCAUGAAAAGCCAAAUGAAUCGGUGAACAAAAAUGCAACAAUGCCCAACCCUUCAGUGUCAGGAAGCCAUAAACCAGCCACAACAUUUGUGGGGAUGGGGAACCCCACAAAGUACCUCGCUAUUGACUGUGAAAUGGUGGGUGCCGGACCCAAAGGCAGCAUCAACCAGCUCGCACGCUGCAGCAUUGUCUCCUAUGAUGGAGAUGUGGUCUAUGAUAAGUUCAUCAAGCCCUCCAUGCCUGUCACUGACUACCGCACAAGAUGGAGUGGCAUUCGGCCCAGAGACCUAAUCAAGGCCAUACCAUUCUCAGAAGCCAGAAAAGAGAUACUGAGGCUGCUUAUGGGCAAGGUGGUUGUUGGCCACGCCAUCUUCAACGACUUUAAAGCCAUCAGUUAUACUCACCCCUCUGUCCUGACAAGAGACACUUCCAGAAUCCCUCUUCUCAACCUGAAGGCCGGCUUUGGUGAAAAAGAAUGUGCUUCGCUGAAGAGACUUACCAAAGCCAUCUUCAACCGAGACAUCCAGGUUGGAAAGAAGGGCCACUCUUCUGUGGAGGAUGCUAAAGCCAGCAUGGAGCUUUAUAAGGUGGUGGAACAGGAAUGGGAGAGGAUUCUUCUCUCCAGAUCACAGGCUACUUAGUUCUGUUUGAUGAGACAGCAUCACAAUAAAGUCAGUUUAUGCUUAAAUGUUAAAAACUGCUUCCAAUGAAAAUUAAGGUUUUUACUAGGGGUGCACCG